UGAAUAUGAUUCGCCCUGGAAGCAGUGAAGAAGCUGCGCGUUCUGAUCGAACGGCGCAUCCUAUGCGUCACUCAUUUUCAUUUGAAGCGGGGAUCUCGAGCUAAUUUUACUUUACGAUGGCGGAGAGUGAAGUAAACACUCCAAGUACACCGAUUGAGUACGACAGCAAAUAUUUCGAGUUUGAUGGCAUCCGGUUGCCACCCUUCUGCAGAGGAAAGAUGGAGGAAGUCGCUAACUUCUCCCUCAGAGGAAGCGACAUAUGGAUUAUCACCUAUCCCAAAUCAGGCACCAGUCUACUUCAAGAGGUUGUGUACCUUGUGAGUCAAGGAGCAGACGCAGAUGAAAUUGGCCUUAUGAACAUUGAUGAACAGUUACCUGUCUUAGAGUACCCUCAACCAGGCUUGGAUAUCAUUAAGGAGCUCACAUCCCCACGUCUCAUCAAAAGUCAUCUUCCCUAUCGGUUCCUUCCCACAGGAAUGCACAAUGGAGAGGCUAAGAUAAUAUACAUGGCUCGUAACCCCAAAGACCUGGUAGUAUCCUACUUUGAGUUCCACCGUUCUCUCAGGACCAUGAGCUACCGAGGAUCCUUCCAGGAGUUCUGCCAGCGCUUCAUGAAUGACAAGCUUGGAUAUGGCUCCUGGUUUGAACAUGUUUUAGAAUUCUGGGAACAUCGUAUGGAUUCGAAUGUUCUCUUCUUGAAAUAUGAGGACAUGUAUAAGGAUCUGGGGGCACUGGUGGAGCAGCUAGCCUGGUUCCUGGGUGUAUCUUGUGACAAGAAUCAGCAUGAGGCUAUGGUGGAAAGUUGCAACCAACUCAUUGAACAGUGCUGUAGCUCAGAGGCGCUGUCCAUUUGCAGGGGUCGUGUUGGUCUGUGGAAGGACGUCUUUACGGUGUCAAUGAAUGAAAAGUUUGAUGCUGUGUAUAGACAGAAGAUGGGAAAUUCCAACCUGACAUUUGAUUUCUGCCUUGCGGAAAGGCCUGUUCCUAACCUUUAGUCCACUUGAGCACAGUUAACAACUAGUCACCUCAUGCUAGCUAGCUGGUCUUGUACAGCUGUACAUUCACGUAAUACUUUGGUGUGCUUAACAUGUAAUGACGUAUAGAUGUCGUAGAAUGAAUUGAACUACAGUUCUUGAUUAUAAGGUCAGAAAAAUGACAAAGAUUACAGUAUUUUCCGCACUAUAGAGCACGCUUAAAACCUUAUAAUUUACUCAAAAAAACAUAGUGCACCUUAUAAUGCAGAGCGCCUUAUAUAUGGACCAAUUGAUGAAUUUGUUGAUCCAUACUGGUUGUACACAGCGCUCUGCCAAAAUGUUUCAGUACAUUUCAGUACAACUAGUAAAUUACAAGGUUGCAUCACUUUCAGCAUUACGGCAACCAUGGUCAGUGGCGUCACCGAAGUAUGCUACUACUGGUCGAUAGCAAGUCAAGUCAAGUCAAGUUUAUUUGUAUAGCCCUAAAUCACAAGCGGUCUCAAAGGGCUUCACAUAGACAAAAAUUGACAAUUAUUCUCAAAGCAUCCCCUGAUCUUAAGCUCCCAAAAGGGCAAGGAAAAAACUAAAAAAAAAACUACCGGGGGAAAAUGAGAAACCUUGAGAAGGGACCACAGAUGGAAGGAUCCCCCUUUCAGGAUCACCAGGUUGAAAUGGAUGCAGAGAGGGCACAAAUGAUACAAUAUGAAAAUCAAUGAAAUAAAAAGUGGAUGCCGAUGGAGCCCUCAAUUGUCCUGGCAGUGUCUUUGAAGAGGUUGAGCUGCAGUUCCCCCCAUCCUGAAUUGGCCCACGAGAAUCCAGAUAGCCACUGUCAGCAUGGGUGCCACCUAACCACCUCCCCGGCCGGGGAGGGGGGAGGGAGGGGGUGGAGAGGGAGAGAAAACAAACUCCAGCCGAAUCGGCCACUACAGGUUAGUUAAAGGCCAUGUCAUAGAAAUGUGUCUUUAAACGUGUCUUAAAUGUUUCUACUGAGGUAGCAGUCCUAAUAUCCAUUAGUAGGGCAUUCCAAAGCUCUGGAGCCCGAAUAGAAAAUGCUCUAGAGCCUGUAGACAUUUUCUUGGCCCUCGGUGUCGCUAAAAGGGUCGCGUUUUAAGAACGAAGGUUACGAGACGGAACAUAAGGAACAACUAGGUCGACGAGAUAUGAAGGCGCUAAGCCAUGCAGUGAUUUAUAGGUUAAUAGAAGAACCUUGAAGUCACAUCUUAAAUGGACCGGGAGCCAAUGUAAGUUGGCUAGUAUUGGGGUAAUGUGAGCAAAUUUUCUUGUCCGAGAGAGCAGCCUUGCAGCAGCAUUUUGUACUAACUCAGUGCUUCUCAAUUAUUUUCUGUUACGCCCCCCACUAGCAAGAAGAAAACUAUUCGCGCCCCCCCCUCCCCACCGUGACUAUCCUAACUUGUCCUGUAAGUCGUAAAAUGUUGCACUGUCGCAAACUUCACAGAAGUAACAAUGAGAGCGCCACUGCCCCCUGCUGUGAAAAUGCGCAAUUACACUUUAUUCUUGUACUGCCAAAAAAAAGCCUGUUCCCCAAGGGGGGCGCGCCCCACUAUUUGAGAAGCACUGUACUAACUGUAGACUAUUGAUGCGGGACUUAGGAAGACCCGAAAAUAGUACAUUACAGUAGUCCAGGCGCGACGUGACGAACGCAUGUAUAAUAGUUUCCGCAUCACCGGUCGAGAGGAUCGGACGAAUCUUUGCAAUAUUACGAAGGUGAAAAAACGCAAUUCUGGUUAUAUUCUUAAUGUGCUUUUGAAAGGAGAGCGUUUGGUCAAAUAUUACCCCGAGAUUAGUUACAGUAUCGCUCUGAGUGAUAGUACGGUUAUCUAUAGUUAUAGCGGUUUCCUUAAAUAAGUUUUGAUAACGAGUUGGACCAAUUAUCAACAUCUCAGUUUUAUCUGGGUUAAGACGAAGGAAGUUGAGAGACAUCCAUUGCUUGAUCUCCGCAAGGCACGCCUCAAGAUUACAACAAUCCCGCGGAUCUGUCAUCGAUGACGGCAUAUAUAAUUGGGUGUCAUCCGCAUAGCAUUGAAAACUAAUAUUAUAUUUACGUAUUAUGUCCCCAAGCGGAAUUAUAUAAAUAUUAAAAAGAAUUGGUCCGAGAACCGAUCCCUGUGGGACACCACACAUAACAUUAUAGAGCUCCGAGGACGCAUUGCCAUGGACCACUCGGUGCGUCCUGUUUGAUAGAUAGGAAUGGAACCAGCCUAGUGCUGACCCUGAAAUACCAACACAACUUUUAAGACACCCUAAUAAAAUAUCGAAGUCUACAGUGUCGAAGGCAGCACUAAGAUCGAGUAGUAACAAUACAGACAAAGUGUUUGAAUCCAUAGCUAUGAGUAGAUCGUUAGUCACUUUUGCAAGUGCUGUCUCAGUGGAAUGAUUAGCUCUAAAACCAGACUGAAAAGUGUCAUAUCGAUUAUUGGCGACCAUGUAAUCAAUAAGCUGCUGCGCUACUACUUUUUCAAGAAGUUUUGCUAUGAAUGGGAGGUUUGAAACUGGCCUAUAAUUACUGAGACAGUCCGGGUCAAGAUUUGGUCGCUUAAGUAACGGUUUAAUGAUAGCGGUUUUAAAGGCUGUUGGCACUAUCCCAGAGGAAACAGACAGAUUGUUUAUAUUUAAGACGGACGGUCCUAAAAUUUGAAAUAAUUCUUUAAGUAGUUUGGCUGGAAGAGGGUCGAGUAAACAUGUUGUUUGUUUAGCCGCAUUAACCAAUUGUGUAAGCCUUUCAAGAGACACGCUUUUAAAAGUUGAGAGGGUUGUUGCAUGAUCAUCAGCGUUGGUAAACGGCGGGCUCGACCGAGCGAUUGGAAUUGUAUUCUUGAUCUCGUCCCUAAUGGAUUCAAUCUUUUGAGCAAAAAAUUUCAUGAACUCGUCAGCUGAGUGGAAGGAACUUUCUACAUAAUUGCUUAAGCGUACGCAUUUCAUCUGUGAACCACGGAGUAGGCACUCUACGGCGAGUUCUCAAACGUAACGGCGCCACAGAGUCAAUGGCAUUUAACAAUGUCGCAUUGAAUUCAUUUGUAAGAUUAUCAAUAGAGCCGGUGUAUGCGGGAAAUAUAGCGGUUGCCGGCGACAGUAUCUCAGAUAGUGCAGUUGCAGUCAUGGAGUUAAAAUGACGGCUCCUAUAAUGCUGAUUGCUCUCUUGUCUUUGACAAGGAACUAGAAUUUCAAACUUUAUUAAGUAAUGAUCAGACAGAACAGUAGUGUAUGGCAGUACUGCUAUAUUUGAGGUUGCAAGUCCUCGGGAUAAUACCAGAUCUAUGGUAUUUCCAUUCUUAUGCGUUGCUGCCUGUACAGCUUGCGUAAAACCAAACGUAUCAGUUAAAGUCUGAAACGCCGAAGUAAGUGGCUCUGACGGUAAAUGCAUGUGGAUGUUGAAAUCGCCCAUGAUAGUUAUAUUAUCCGCAUUGGUUACUAGAUCAGCCACGAAUUCUGAAAAUUCAUCCAGGAAGCCAGAGUAAGCACCGGGUGGACGGUAAAUAACAGCAAGAUAAAAUGACGGUAAAGCGGUGGAUCGGACAGUGAGAACCUCAAAUGUUUUAAAUACGUUGAUCGAACGAGGCCUAAAUCUAAGCUCGGAAUUCGAGAUGAGGGCGACACCCCCACCCUUUUUUCGAGGACGCGCCACAUGCGAACUCACAAAAUUUGGAGGCGAGGCCUCAUUAAGCGGCAGCAGUUCAUUAGGUUUUAACCAGGUCUCGCAGAGACCAAAAAUGUUUAGAUUAUGUUCUGUGAUGAGAUCAUUAACGAGAACUGCUUUCGUAUGAAGCAAUCUAAUAUUCAUAAAACCAAGUUUAAGUGUAAUUGGUCGAUCCGGGUGCGUAUCUAUCAAAGGAUAUUUCUACGAGAUGCGAGUAAGAUUGUGUUCUCUAGGCCUGACAUCACCUCUCGAAUGUUUGUUAGCGCGGUGGGACGAUACGACCAUGGGAAUCUGAUAGUAAAUAUUUGUUACACGUGUAGAAUUAUCUGAAACAGGCACCGUUUCAUCAGCAAAACCGGUCGGGGUGGAGUGAUUGGAUUUGUCUACUACCCCAGUAGAAAGUGUGUUUAUGUGUACUGUAGCACUAUUCAAACUAUCACGCUCUAGUCUAUACGAGGAGCUAUGUGCAUGCUGGGAGUCUAGCCUAGCGCUAGUUAACUUUAUCAUAACAGACUCCAAACCCAUCCUGACAGGUGGUCUAAUCACCUAUGCCCCGGCCUGCCCUAAAGUGACCUGUCAUGUGUGGCUCAAACAGUAAUCUGUAUUCCUAGAAAGAGUGAAGGCGCCUUCACGGUUAGGGUGAAGGCCAUCCUUCCUCAGCAGGUCGGGGCGGCCCCAGAAGGAAAGCCAGUUAUCUAUAAAAUACAGUCCCUUCUUCUGACAGAACCCAGCCAUCCAUCGAUUAAGGGAGACUAAUCUACUAAACCUCUCAUCAGUGCCUCUCCCAGGCAGGGGGCCAGAGACAAAUACUCGAUGCUGACUCAUCUUUCGGGCGAGAUCACAAGUCCUCGCUAUGUUUCUCUUUGUGAUCUCCGAUUGCCUCAUCCUAACAUCAUUGGAGCCGACGUGUAUCACUAUGUCCGAGUAGCUAGUGUUGUUGGAACUACGCUGUUGACUAGACCUAUUGCGAGUCAGCUCCCUAAGAUUAGCUUCUAUGUCGGGUGCUCUGCCCCCAGGAAUACACAUUACCGUGGCUGGAUUUUUAAGCGUAAUAUUUCGGGUAAUGGAGUCACCUAUGACUAAAAUCAUGACAUUUAAAAAAAAAAUUCUAUAGGCUAGAAUCAAUCCCAUUGCUUGAUUGAUAUACAGGUAAACCUGUCGGUAGGCAAUCACAGUGAACCGCACAUGUGCAAUAGACAGUGACCACACCCCCUCACCGCAGCAUGUUUGGCAGCGCAUACACAAACGCCAAAGCUAAAAACUAAUCAACGCAUUACCCAUCAACGCAUGCACUUGCUUUUUUCUUAUAAACUAAAGAAAGUUUCUGACCAUCAAGAAUGAGUGGGGUUGCUGGACCAAGUAAGAAGCCAAACCGUAUCACUUUCAUACAGAAUGGGAGUUGGACUUUUUUUUACCUCAUUGACUGGGUUGACAUUAGCCCAGCUCCAUCUAGUGGAUGCAUAACCCAACUCUAGUCAACCCCAGUUUGAUGCAGUAGCUUUAAUCUGGUGCGCCCUAUAUAUGAAAAAAUUCUAAAAUAAAAAAAAUCAAUGAAGUACUCCAAUGAAGUAUAA